UCAUUGGUACUGACUGCGCAUGCGUGGUGAGUCGGCGUGGUUCUGUCACGAAAAGACGCCAGUAGUCCAGAAGCGCAGCAUCGAGGAUGACUGAAGAAAGACACAGCGGACACACGCCUCCUUCCUUUAGUAGCUUCAUCGACGAGGGAAUCUCGAGUACAAGCCGUGAAGGCGCCGCGGGUGCUUCAUCCACUUUGGACGAUUACACUGCGAUUUCGGGCGAGGCCUGGGCUCACCCAUGGAACACGCUGAUCAACCUGUCUGACGCCACUUACGUCCAUGAGCAUGCAGACGUGAACGAAAACGGAAGCAGCGCAUACUGGCUUCCUUUGUCCAGCAGCGGCGACAAUGACGCAAACCUCAGUACAAGGCACGCUGGCAUGGAGGAAUCGUCAACCAUCUGGGAAGACGAGAGAAUUCCUAAAGACAACUGGGGUGGCCAACAGAACACGCAGUACUACCCGGAUGAUGUCACCUCCACCAUCUAUGAAUCUGCACUGUGGUUUGAAGACUUCUGGAUGUAA